UCCAGCCCUGGUGCAACCCCCUCUCGCGCGCUCUGCGCAUGCGCCUCUCAGUUCCCUUUUCAUUGAGCUGCGCAGAGAGAUGCACAGUUAGGAGCUUCCAGCUGAUUUCUCUACUCACAGCCCGGGCUGCUGCCGCUGUUACACACAGUUUGGACUUGAUGCCUCUCUAGCUGCACGGACACACACACACACUGCCAUUGUGCUGCAUUGCUAUUGGCUGUACAGGAGCCCCACACGGCGCUAGUUUAUAUUCAGAGCCUUAUCGCUUAGCCCGUGUCACCCAGGAACAUGCCCGACCUCAUCACAGUCAGCGAGUUCCUCUCGGAGACCCUGGAGGACCACAGCUCCCCCACCACUUCUUCUUUCAACAAGAGAAUGGGAAGCUGCAGGAACGCCGUGGCGGGCAUCGAGGAGGAGCUGGAUGCUGACCGAAUUGUGCUCACCAAGAUGAAAAAGUCAUCAAAGUCCCAGCACAGCACAGGAGAAGAACACAUCACACACCUGGAAGUUUACAUCACAACGUUGGAGAAGCUGUCGUCAAACUGUAGGGACAAUGGCGAGGAAGCCCUAAGCAUGGCGUUUAGUGCAUUCGCUGAACUAUCUAAGGAGCUCUUGACACCAAUGAAAAACGUGUUGCAGAGCUUCAACCACAACAUUAAUUACUUUCUCAACUCUUUAGUGAAAGGAGACCUGAAGGAAGUCAAAGGGGAUUUGAAGAAACCUUUUGAGAAAGCCUGGAAGGAUUACGAGAACAAAUUCACUAAAAUCGAGAAAGAGAAGAGGGAGCUGGCCAAGCAGUACGGGAUGGUGCGUAAUGAAGUGGCCGGGGGUGAGAUUGCAGAAGAGAUGGAGAAGGAGAGAAGAAUGUUCCAGUUACAGAUGUGUGAAUAUCUGAUCAAAGUGAACGAGAUUAAAAGCAAGAAAGGCGUUGAUCUCCUCCAGAAUCUAAUCAAGCACUAUAACUCCCAGUGCAACUUUCUACAGGAAUGUUUGCAAGCCACUGAGAAGCUGAAAUCGUACAUUGACAAUCUGACUUCUGAGCUCCAGACUAUCAAGAGCCAGCAGGAGGAGGAGAAGAAGAAGUUAUGUUCUCUGCGGGACCUGCUCAAACCUACCCUUGGUGAACCCAAAGAGCUCAGAAGAGAAUCAAUCAGCAAACCGCCCCUCUACCAUAUGCAUCAGUUACAGGGAAACAUGCAGUACGGCACAGAGAAACAUGGCAGCCUGUACAAGAAGAGCGAUGGGCUCCGAAGGGUCUGGCAGAAGAGAAAAUGCUCUGUAAAGAAUUGUUAUCUGACUAUCGCCCAUGGAACGGCAAACCGUCCACCAGCCAAACUGAACCUUCUCACAUGUCAAGUGAAGCCAAACAUGGAGGAUAAGAAAUGUUUUGACCUCAUCACACAUAACCGCACAUACCAUUUCUUGGCAGACGAUGAACAAGAAUGCACAGCGUGGAUAUCUGUGCUGACAAACAGCAAGCAGGAAGCGCUGAACAUGGCUUUCCAUGAGAAACGUCCUAGUGAAGAGAACAGUAUAGAAGAUCUCACGAAGGCCAUCAUAGAAGACAUUCACCGCAUGCCUGGGAAUUGUGUGUGCUGUGACUGUGGAUCUCCAGAUCCCAUGUGGUUAUCCAUUAAUCUGGGAAUCCUGACCUGCAUUGAAUGUUCUGGGGUUCACAGAGAAUUGGGUGUGCAUCACUCCCGUAUCCAGUCUCUUUCUCUGGACAAACUUGGAACCUCAGAGCUCUUACUAGCAAGAAAUGUUGGUAAUUCUGGAUUUAAUGACAUAGUAGAAGCCAGUCUGCCGUCCCCAGCCAUCAAGCCCACGAUGGAUAGUGCUAUGCCUGUGAGGAAAGACUUUAUUCAUGCUAAAUAUGUGCAGUGGGCUUACACCAAGAGGGGCUGCACUAAUGCUCUCACGCGCCUCUAUGAUCUGCAGGAGGCCGUUAGAUUUAAGGACAUCUAUACCUUAAUUCAGGCCUAUGCUGAGAAGGUGGAUCUGACUGAGCCACUGCCUCAUCCAGCACAGGAGCCGGGUGAGACGGUGCUGCACUUGGCGGUGCUGUUAUGUGACCGAACUUCGCUGCAUAUAGUGGACUUUCUGGUGCAUAACAGUGGAAAUCUGGUGAAACAGACUGUCAGAGGGAACACGGCACUUCAUUACUGUUGUCUGUACAACAAGACGGAGAGCAUCAAACUCUUCCUGCGAGCAAAAGUCAACCUGAAAAUAAAAAAUGAAGCUGGUGAGACUGCGCUGGAUAUUGCCAAAAGGCUCAAACACUCUCUGUGCGAAGAACUGUUGGUCCAGGCUCAGAGCAAUCAGUUUAACAUGCGUGUCCAUGUGGAAUACGAGUGGCGGCUGCGGGAGGAUGACAUGUAUGAAAGCGAUGAUGAUCUUGAUGAAAAGCUGGGCCCAGUCAAGAAGGAGAGGUCUCUGCGUCCCUACAGCUGCUUCCAGUCUCCCAAUGCUCUCUUGGUGGACAGAGUUGCCUCCAGCAGCAUGUUUUUAAGGCGAGCAUCUCAGGACCAGCGAUAUGAAUCAAGCCAUGGGGCAGAGAAUGCAGUUACUCCCACCUCCACUUUCACUCCUCCCCUGCCACCGCGGAACCCAAUCAGAGUACCCAAUGUGCCGCCGCCUCCACCACCAGCCAGCCCCUCUGCUUCUGUCAAGAAAACACCACCUACUCCUCCUUUGACGACAAAGCACAAGAGAGCCCUGUCAGAGCCUGUACCCAUAAUUCCACACAGUCCUUCCAGUCAGGCCAGUCAACACUUCGAUUACAGUUCCUGCUGCACGUCACCAUCAAAGUUUCUCCAGUCGGAAGCUGUAUCUAGAAGACCAAGUAUUGGCUCCCCCAAGCUCAGCAGCCUCCAUGAAGUCCCAGAAGUCCCACCAAAAGAUCACAGGACAGAAGGAUAUCCAAAGUCUGGAAACCAAAGGUCUCCACGUGGGAACAGCACCUCUCCGGCAUUAUCCAUUCAAGAGCUUUACCACGUCACGCCAACCAACCAAGAGCCACCGAUGCCAAUGCCACGGCGAAUGAGUUUGAGUAAGUCCAAAAUGCGGCGGGUGAAGGCUCUGUUUGAUUGUAAGGCAGACCGUGAUGACGAGCUGACAUUUAAUACAGGAGAGACCAUUGUAGUUACUGAUGAAGAGGAUCAGAACUGGUGGAAUGGUUACAUUGAAGGGCAACUACACAGAAGAGGUGUUUUCCCAUCGUCCUUUGUGCACAUAUUGACUGAUUAACAAGCAAGUAACACGGACUACAAGGAUGGGCAGCUCACCCCCCAUCUGUGGUACAGUUGUAUAUAACACAAAGACAAGGUAUCAUCUCUACGGAGAAUAUUCUUUGGCUGUAUAUCUCGCCACAGAGGAGAUAAUGGUAUUAUACGUCUGCCUUUAUCUACCCAGUCGUUGCUCUCCUCCGCUAACGGACCGCUACAGUAGCUUUUAUCAUACGCCUUCAAGUCUAGAAAUGCCAUUUACAGCUGAUACAGUAGGGCCGGGAAAGGACGUGGAUUAUAUCUGGGCUUCAGCCAGGAAGCAAAAAUGCCAAAAGACACCCCAUAAGAAUUCUAGGAGCAAUUAUUAUGCACAAAUGACUCUGGCGUCUUCAAAGGUCUUUGUUAGAGCACAUCUCUGGUUUUUCUGACUUCUAACUUUAUAUAUGUAUCUCCUUCCCGAAACUGAUAAAUUUGUAGCUACAGUUCUCAUGGUUUAAUCAGGGGCUUAUCCUAAGCACAAUGACCUGUGAAUUAUGCCCCUGACCAGGACCAAUAUUAAGCACUGGUUCCAGUAUGAAAAGAAGUAAAACACCACUCUAUCCUUUUGUACUUGUUCUGUGAGUCGCUUUAGUUUUGAAAAGUAAAAGCCUGAUGCCUACUGUCAUUAUGCAGCUGGGUCGGUGACUAGUCUGGGGCUACAUUUACAACCCUUGAAUGUGCCCUAGAAAAACUUGAUUGGUUGGAUAGGGCCUCAAGUUAAUGGGUGUGGGCAGUUGUUCUGGCUGGCAGUAAGACCCCUUUGCACUGCAGUUACUUACUCCUUGACCUGAAUCUGGUAUCUGUCAGGAACACUGACUGUCUCUUCAGCGGCACCUAGUGGGUCUGCAAAUCAAGCCCCGUGCCAAUGAAUGCCUCAGCUUCACAUUGAAGUACAGCAGCAUUGCCAGUUUCCUUUUAAACCCAGGAGUAAUGUCCUUCACACAGUGACCUUCUCUGUGGGUCUGUUGGUCAAGUAUUCAUAACUAGUGGGAAAGGGCCGUAUUAAUCACAACAACAUGGACAUAUGAGGCAAAGUGCUUUGUUUUUAGCAGACUACAUUAUUAUUAACACUAUUACUACAUUGACAACAGAACCCCUACCCAUCUCUCACCCAUCAGUACGAAGGCCACACAAGACAAGCGUUAAAACAUUAAAUGCCCCCCCUACAAGUUACAAAAAAAGAACUUAAGUGCCCCUACAAGUUUUGGUGGUUAGGGCCCCCUACCAGUAGGGUUGCCACCUUUUGAAAAAAAUUACCGGCCAGUGGUGGGGGCGGGAAUUAAGGGGCGGACCGUGACGCAAAAAGGGGCAGAGCCAUCGGGCCGCCACAUCAUCCGAAGCCGAAGAAAAUGUACGUUUUCACUGGCGGGCAAGGGCUUUUGUAAAUGGUAUUACAAAUUACCGGCAGCUACAUUGCCGGUAAAUUUGUAAUCCCGGCCCUGGCAGGCGUUUUACCGGCUAGGGUGGCAACCCUACCUACAAGUUAUUAAAAAAAACAUUGAUGCCAGGGCCCCUACAAGUUACUUAAAAAAAAAAAACAUGUGGCCUGGGCCGGCGGGACACCGGGAAAAAACCUGGUGGGCCCCGGCGCAGACCCACUCCCUGGUCGCACUUUGAUUAGGUCACACGUGCGGGGCAUGUGAACGCGGGGAGGGCGGGUACGAGAGGGCUUUGUACUAUGGCGGGGGGUCGGAGGGCGGCCCGAGAUAGCAGCCCGGUGGGCCCCAGGCCCCCCAGUUCGACCCUGGGCCUGGCUAUACAAGUAAGUGCAGCAAGGCCGGCCCCCCAACCAUUUGGGCUUGGGAAAGCAGUACCCACUUCCCCCCUGAUGGCAGCCCUGCCUGUAUCACUGCAAAUGGCGUAUUUUAUCCCCUUGUUGUACAGAGCUCUGGAAUAAGUUGGUGCUUUAUAACAGAAGAGAAGUGCAGUCAGUGGCCUCGGAUUGGUUGAUAUGAAACACUGUUUCAGUUUGGCUUCAUAUCCAUAGUCUACAAAGGCUAAAUUAAGCUCCAUGGGCUGUGUCAUAUGGAGCAUUUCAGUUUGUACCUAGUUAGUGGCAGUCUAAACACCACAUUGGCACCUUCUUAUGUCCCUGGUCCAGGGUUUUAAUGAAUUUUUAUUUAUGAUUUUUAGCCCACAGUCUCACUGUAUAAUCACUUUUUAACUGCAUCGACUUUUUGGGGUUUUUAGUGAUCUUAUUCUUACUGAUCACGUUUGCAAAAUCAUAACAUUCACUUUAUUUCAUACAACCUUGUUUCCGUUCAGCAAAUGUUGCAUUCAUCAGACAUUCCUCCAUAUCCAGACGUUCCAGUUUUGCUCCUCCCAGAGGUACCACUGGCUUUUUUUAUUAUAGUGAAGCUCUUCCCACAACGGUUGAGAUCUGCUGAUUGAGCCAAACAGUCCACCAGAGAAUUGUGCCCCUUGUUCCUUCCCCAAUUUGUUGACGAAAUCCUUUUAAUUUACUACAACUGAACAUGAAUUUAUAUUCUGCUUUCUCCCUUGUCCCCUCUGUUCCCCUCAAGGAAUGCUCUGCCUUCUACUCCCAGUCACUCCCGAGAAUAGGUCUGCUUCUAUAUUAUUAUUAUUAACAAUGAGGCCAGAUGGAUAUAUGCCCAGUAGCCCAUGUGUGUUUCCUAACAUCUUUAUUUUGGUUGGUGGGCUGUUAGUUAGUUGGCAGUCUGUAAGGGAAAACUGGUAGAGAUAAACAUUAAAAAAAAGGGCAAGGAAAGCUGAUUUGACUUGGCUAUGGCAAUAGGUGACACUAUUUUAGAAAUAUCCCAUGGCAGGGCCUUUUUUCUGUUGGGGCUUGUAAUUGAACUCACUGUGAAUUCAGCAUUCUCUGGCCUAAAAAUUCAUUUAAAGGAAAACUUUCCCACAAAAAUGAAUACAUAAGCAACUGAUUUUUUUUUUAUCAUGUAUAUCAUAUUAAGUGGCAUAUUAAAGAAUCUUACCAAACUGGUCUAUAUAUAUUUAGUAAAUUGACCUUUUACAUCCCUUACCAUGAGCCACCAUUGUGUGAUGGUCUGUGUGCUGCCUCAGAGAUCACCUGACCAGAAAUAAUGCAGCUUUAACUGUAAUAGGAAGAAGUGUG